AUGGAGAAGGUCCAAUACAUAACCCGCUCUGCUCUGAGGAGAGCCUCAACUAUUGAGGUCAACCCACAAGCACGCCAAAGGCUCCAAGAGCUGUUUGUGAAUUUCUGCCUGAUUUUAAUUUGCCUCUUGCUGAUCUGUAUCAUUGUGAUGCUCCUCUGAAGUUCCAGCACUUCUCUGCACUGUCCUCUAGGAAAGUGACCCCAGAGGGAAGAGACACCUACACCUGCAACUCCCAAUGCAAGGAUCCUCUCGCGAGAGGGGCUAGCACUUGGACUAGAGCUGUAUGCCAACCAUCGCACUAUUCUCUUACUACCUGCUACAUGUAUUAAAAACACACUUCUUCUGU